CCAUUGUCUCUCUCAUUGAAGAAGUUUGGAAAACUUUUUGUUAAACCCGACGGUUUCAUCUUUUCUUUUAACUUGUUAUUUGUGUGUUUCUUGAUCUUCUUUGGAAGCAAGACAAGACUGUGGAUCGAAGCGGCGGCGAGCACUGAUCGUAUCUCACAACGAUCAUAUUAAUGGAUAGAAUGUGUGGUUUUCGUUCGACGGAAGACUAUUCGGAGAAAGCAACGCUGAUGAUGCCGUCCGAUUACCAGUCUUUGAUUUAUUCAUCCACCGGAGCCAAUCGCGUGUUUGGAUCCGACGAACUCGCUACGGCUUUAUCGUCAGAGGCGCCUCCACGUAUUCGAAAAGCUGAUGAUAAUUUCUCUCUUAGUGUCAUCAAAUCCAAAAUCGCUUGCCAUCCUUUGUAUCCUCACUUGCUCCAAACCUACAUCGAUUGCCAAAAGGUAGGAGCACCUAUGGACAUAGCGUGUAUAUUGGAAGAGAUUCAGCAAGAGAACCAUGUGUACAAGAGAGAUGUUGCUCCAUUAUCUUGCUUUGGAGAUGAUCCUGAGCUUGACGAAUUCAUGGAAACCUACUGUGAUAUUUUGGUUAAAUACAAAACCGAUCUAGCGAGGCCGUUCGAUGAGGCUACAACUUUCAUAAACAAGAUCGAAAUGCAGCUUCUGAACCUGUGCACUGGUCCAGUGUCUGCUACAGCUCUUUCAGAUGAUGGUGCGGUUUCAUCUGAUGAGGAACUGAGAGAAGAUGAUGACGUAGCAGCGCAAGACAGCCAACAAAGAAGCAAUGACCGGGAUCUCAAGGAUCAGCUUCUGCGUAAAUUCGGUAGCCAUAUCAGUUCAUUGAAACUUGAGUUCUCUAAGAAGAAGAAGAAAGGGAAGCUACCAAGAGAAGCAAGACAAGCGUUGCUCGAUUGGUGGAAUGUUCAUUAUAAAUGGCCUUACCCCACUGAAGGCGACAAACUAUCAUUGGCGGAAGAAACUGGUUUGGAUCAAAAACAAAUAAACAAUUGGUUUAUAAACCAAAGAAAACGUCAUUGGAAGCCUUCGGAGAACAUGCCGUUCGAUAUGAUGGAUGAUUCUAAUGAAACAUUCUUUACCGAGGAAUGAAAAGAGAGAGAUGAAAUUGUGCAUUGUAUAAUCUUACAUUGUUUUCCCAAGAAAAGAAAAGGAGUAAAAAGCUUUGGUACAU